AUGGGUCCCAUGAAGAGGUUCUACGGCCGCCGCAAAGUCCCUCGAUCACGCUCAGGAUGUAGUGCUUGUCGUCAGCAGAAGCUGAAAUGUAAUGAGGCGAAACCGCGCUGUCAACGCUGCAUUGCUACUGGAAGAGAGUGCUCGUAUGCUGUGACUCUGACCUGGAAUGUCCCUUUGGGCGCCCAUGGAAUCGAAGUCGAGCGCAACGGGCAGCCCCAUGAGGCACCACAAGGGGCCGCCUUUUUUGACACGCGUUCACAGGUCAGCUUCAUCAAUACCACUUUUGAAGACUUUCGACCUCUCUACUCGGUCACAUGUCGAUCGUCUGUCCCAGCAGAGGAUAUUGAAUUACCGAAUCACCACCAUGAAGCACAAGACCUUUCGUCACUCUCACAAGAGGAAGAGGAUUGUCCAAGUCUUCCUGCUGCCGCAGUGAAUACCCUGGUGACUUCUCCUGCUUUCUGGGUGCAAGUGGACGGUCAGGCUUUGCACCUGCUUGAGUUUUACGUAUACAGAAUGUGCCCCGCCUUUGCGCUCAGAGGCAACGGCGACCACGGUUACGGACAUAUCAUACUUCCCCUGGCAAGCUCCUCGACCCUCGUUCUUAAAUGUGUGCUUGCUGUUGCUGCUUCGUUCUUGCAACUACACAGUAGUCAUUGGCGCACUACUGCUCUGGAAAGUCGGGGCUCUGCACUGCGUCAAUUUGCUGAUGGGUGUCGGCCUGAGUGGACGAAGCACCUGGACGCUGCAAACUCAAUUAUCAAGGCAACAUAUCUCGCAGAGGACGUGUAUCACGACAACACGGUGCUGUCGUUCAUUGCUCAAUACUUUGCAGAACACAAUGUUAGAGCAUACGCAGCACUCCCGACCUCAGACCGGGGGCAAUACCUCCUAAGUAACAGUCUCUUCUGGCUGGAAAAAAUACAGAAUCCCACCAACGAGAUCAAUCCCAGCAUCGGUUGUUCAACUGAACUCAUGAUUAUAACACUUGAGAUCUGUCGUACAAUCCGUACUCAAGCAUGGAGUAGUGAUCUUCUCGCGGCCGAGCGACAGAAUUGGAUUUCUUCGACACAAUAUCGUCUGGAUACUCUUGUCCAAGUUGUAAGCAGUCAUUCCGCAACACGGGAGGAUUACACUGAUACCCAGCCUCUUGUCAAUGCUACCACACAAUUGGCGGAAGCUUGCUGGCAUGCAGCAUUGAUUUUGCUGGGAUAUCUAAAGUCCAGUCCCCUAGAUCGAGAAUUCGCUUCAAGUCACGUCGACCAUAUCAUCAACAUACUGGACCAAAUGUCAUGGGAUGAAACCGGUCAACGAGCAAGCUGGGUAUGGCCACUUUUCAUUGCGGGAUGUCAUGCCACCGCGGAUCAAGAUCGGUCCUCGAUUUUGCGCCAAUUUGAGAAGAUCGAAGGAGCCAGACGCUUCGGACACGUACCAUCAGUGAAGAAAGUCGUUGAGUGGGUGUGGAAACAAGCAGAUUUGAGGACAGAGUUGCCGAUGACGCUUGUCGAAAUUCCAUCUGGCGGCGUGGGCUUUGUUUGGGACCGCGCCAUGGCUGCUGUUGGGCAGACCUUGUGCUUAACUUAA